CUUUGUGCACCAUGGAAAUUAAUGUGGAGAAAGACAAACAGACAGGAGAGACCAAGAUUGUCUCUGCUUCACCUGUUGGCCCAGAUGAGGCCCAUCAAAGAGGAUUCAAAGUCUAUGAUGAUGGUUCCAAGGUAGUCUAUGAGGUCCACUCUGGUGGCACGGUAGUAGAAAAUGGAGUACAUAAAUUAAGCUCAAAGGACGUAGAUGAACUUGUGCAAAAAGCUGGACAAUCAAGUGUAAAAGGAGGGUAUGAAACAAUGACUGUGUCAGACAGAAAUGUGGUAGCCGAUGGAAACCUUAGCCAUAUGAAGGAGCAAAUGCUCUUCAAGGAGGCAAAGCUGGAAAUGGUACAUAAAUCCAGCAAAGGACAUGCUGUGAAUCCCCAGCCCCAAGACAAACCCUGUGGUGGCAAAACCUCAGAGGCCAGUGCAGAUCAGCCGGUGACAAUGAUAUUUAUGGGCUACCAGAACAUUGAUGACGAAGAGGAGACAAAGAAAGUGUUGGGCUAUGAUGAGACCAUCAAAGCAGAGUUGGUGCUGAUCGAUGAAGACGAUGAGAAGUCAUUGCGGGAGAAGACAGUGACAGACAUUUCCACCAUGGACGGGAACGCCGCUGAGCUGGUCUCUGGCAGGCCCCUGUCAGACACAACAGAGCCCUCCUCUCCUGAGGGAAAGGAAGAGAGCCUGCCCUUGGAAGCUGCCCCAGGUACACAAAAGAAAAAGCGCUGUCAGUGCUGUAUUGUCAUGUGA